AUUUAGGUUGCAACCCUAAUUGACUAAUUCAUCUUCCCCACUCAUACUCCGAAGUCUGAACCUCAUUCCUCUCUCUGUUUCCCGCCGUUCGACAUCGCCCCACCUCCGUGCCAAUAAGAAAUUAAUUUGUUACUUUUUGUUGGAAUUGUUGCAGGUAUUCUUGAGCGUGUGAAGCCCGAAACCAGCAAGAAUGAGGCUCCUAACUCAUAAUAUGCUAUCAUCAAACAUCAAAGGCGUGACCAGCGGAUUCCCCCUUCGGAUUGAGGUGGAGAAAGUGGUAGAGAAGGAGGUGGAGUUGAACGCAGACUUCCUCUGGAACAUGUUUGCCAAGGUUGAGUGGAAGGCGCUCGUGGAGGCCUCCAAAACCUUGGGGUAUACUGAGCUGCCCGAUAAUGUUGAGCCCUCCAUGCUCGACUCUGAUGAGUUUUUAAACAGGUUCCACCACGCCCUCCUCGAGCUCCACCUUGAGGAAGGCGCGUUGGUUUGCCCUGAGACUGGCCGGAAGUUCCCGGUCAACAAGGGGAUCCCUAAUAUGCUGCUACAUGAAGACGAGGUCUGAUUGUUGCCGUGUGCGGUUGUGUUUAGGAAUAUAUGUUUGCCGAUGUCAGAAUCUAAGGGACAGAUGAUUUAAAUGGUUUUGGUUUGUGCUUGUUGAGAAAUCUCAAAUGAGUUCUUGUUAGCCUGCUUGUUUACAGAUUUUUCAGUAAUACUACACCUUUCCUUUCUUGCA